GUUCCCCUGUUGUCGGGUCGUGUGCUUACGUGCCGGCGUCGACCUGCGCUCAGAAAACAGCGCAGUGGCGCAAACGAACCCCAGGAACUGCCCAAGUCAAAGGCAAAACCCGGCCCAGCCGAGCAACUCAAGAUGGUUUUAGAAACUAUUUCAAAGAUAAUAAAAGUGCAGCUUCCGGCCUACUUGAAGAAGCUGCCGCUGCCGGAGACUAUCGGAGGGUUCGCGAGGCUAACAGUGUCUGAGUGGCUCCGGUUGCUGCCUCUCCUUGGCAUUCUGGCUCUGCUGGGCUACCUGACCAUUCGUCCGUUCCUGCCCAAGAAAAAGAAGCAGAGAGACAGCCUGAUCAACCUGAAGAUCCAGAAAGAGAACCCUAAAGUGGUCAACGAGAUAGACAUCGAGGACCUGAACAGUGCAAAUGUGUGUUACUGCCGGUGCUGGCGCUCCAAAACUUUUCCCGUUUGUGACAAGUCCCACUUAAAGCACAAUGAACUAACCGGGGACAACGUGGGACCGCUCAUCCUCAAAAAGAAGAUACUAUAAUGGAGUUCUGACUGGUUGGUCUGUGCUUCAUCCUUCCCUGGCAUUGUCUUUCCUAAAUAAUGCAGUCCUUUGUUUCAGUGUGAAUAGAUUUUUUUUUUUUUUUUUUUAAGUUGGGGCAGUUCUUUUUUUUUUUUUUCUGUUUGGUUUUUUUCUAGUGGGGUUAUUUUUUUUUUUUUUUUUUUGUUAAUAGCUCUAUGUUCAUUCAACGCGUUAGCAUUAUUGUUUAUGUAUGACUUCAAAUAGUGUGUUUUGUCAAUGUGUUGGGACUAAAUUCAAUUUCACUGGGACCACUUUGCCAGGACAACCUGAAAGUUAACUGUAGUGACUUUCUGAUAAACAUGAACCGGAGUUGGAGGCUCGUGGUUUGCUCUUCACAGUUUGAGACUUGUAUAAAUGAAAUACUAGUCCAACCUGUAUGAAACAUUCUGCCUUUUGCGCCUUUAUUUUGUUUCUGGAGUAUUUGCCAAUCUGAAUGUCGAUUGUGAUUCAGCCACACCAUUUUAGAGAUGUAAGAUAUUUUCUGAUGGAUCAACAUGUAUGUAAUGAAUGUACUGUAUGUAUUCAUAAUGUAUGUGUUUAAGAUUCCUGACGUUGUUUUGCUCACAGACAUCGUUUAUUGUUUUGAGUUGCCGAAACAUUUCAAACCACUGCAUUGAGUGAAGUUCUGAUUUGACCUAAGUUUCUGAAGUUUCAGAACUGCAAGUUUUUUUUGUUUUUUUUUAAUAAAUGUUUGACUUACUCUUUUCACUGCAUUUGGCUGACCUCUUGGCUGAGUACUUCCUAUAUUGUUGAGCAAAAGAUAUUUUCACACACAACUUGAUUUUUGCAGUUUGUUCUUUCAUAUGUAUCAAUCACUUCAUGAAUGAUGUUUGCUAGAUUACUUGAAGUGGUUCAUGCUAAAUGCUAAAAGAAGUGGUCGUGUGCAAUUCAGCCUCAUUUCCUAUUAUGUUUGUGGAAAGCUUCAUGUAGCUGCAAGAUGAAAGUUUAAAUGAAUGCUCAUUUAACUAAAUCCACCAUGUCCUCGUUGGCUGCUGCUUCAUUUCAUUAUAAAAUGGCACCAAGCCGGUCUGUGCUAUAAGAACAGGAGCCGUUGUCGGCUCCUCUGGGAGUUGAAUAAAAUGCAAAUAGUCUGU